ACAAGCCGUUGGUGUCGAGCCUUUCUGCUAAAACUAAUGCAUCAUUACAUCUCUCACCAAAAUUGCAUGCAUCAUUUGAAUUGGCUACUACUGUGUAUUGUAAGUGGUAACGAAUAUAUGACUUCUGUCAAAAUUCUGUGAAGAUCUACAAUGAAUGUUGUUUACCCAGCAGGUGGAUAUGACGUCACGGAUUUGGAACAUCAGAAAAUAACAUCCAAAUUCGCGAUUAUUUUUUUCUUUCAAUGCGAAUUAAAAUGUAAUAACAUUAGAAAGAGCUCGCUCUCGUAUUCGAGACAGAACGUGGCGUGAAGUCUAGAUUAUUUUACCGGUAACAGCGCUCUCCGUGAAUGCAGCAGAGAUGUAUCCUCGCAGUUAAAGUUAGUCCCCCAAGCGGAGUAAUGUUGGUAGUAUUUACAGUGUGAAUAUUGCAUGCUUACUUGGUACACAAGAUCGCGUGUACAGUUCAUUAUCUCUAGCACAGAAUUGUCUACUGCGUGCACCUACCAUUGUCGAUUGGUGUCAUCUGUGAACUCCRGAUGGUCCCGCCCCUGAAGACCCUGAGCUGAAUUUUCAUUGGAAGAAUGGAACGCCAGUCUUUCCUACACAAGUGAACACGCGGGUGCUCUGAUUGGCUGAAUAAUUUCUGCACUGUAGUCUGGCUGGCUGCCAGCGCCUGCCUUGCCCCUGAUCAGAAGUGAACGUGACAUUUGUGCGGAGCUUGGAGACUCCAGUGGUGACCCCCUGUGGAGACAGAGAUCAAAGGCAAGGAGGCUGAAGUCACUACGCUGGAACUGAAGAUUGCUUUAAACGAGCAAGUCAUUGUAGAAGGUUUUUAAGUCAUGAUGCAAGAAUCUGGGACCGAGGCGGCAAGCAACGGUCCAGCCAGUCAGAACAGAGCAGCGAGCGUGGAGGACGGAGCCAGGGACGCGAGGCCCAAAAGCGCCACGUCAGUGGACGUCACUGCAGCUGACCUGAUCCAUCUCCAGCAGCAGCAGGCUCUUCAAGUGGCUCGGCAGAUCCUUCUACAGCAACAACAGCAACAACAACAUCAACAACAACAACAACAGCAGCAGCUGCAGCUUCAGCAAGGCACCGAUCUAAAAUCCCCCAAAGACAAUGAGAAUCAGCCAAGCCUACAGGUUCCAGUGUCAGUGGCUAUGAUGACACCCCAGGUAAUAACGCCUCAGCAGAUGCAGCAGAUACUCCAGCAGCAGGUCCUGAGCCCUCAGCAGCUCCAGGUGCUCCUGCAGCAGCAACAGGCCCUCAUGUUACAACAGCAGCAAAUCCAAGAGUUCUACAAGAAGCAGCAGGAACAGCUCCACCUCCAGCUCCUCCAGCAGCAACAUGCGGGCAAGCAGAGUAAAGAGCAGCAGCAGCAGCCCAGCAGUUGCUCAUCCGAGCAGCAGCUCAUGCAGGUCCAACAGCUACAGCAGCAGCACCUGCUCAACCUCCAGAGACAAGGCCUGCUCACCAUCCAGCCUGGACAGACCACCUUGCCCCUGCACUCGCUCACUCAGGGCAUAAAUCCAGCAGAGCUUCAGCAGCUGUGGAAGGAGGUGACGAACUUGAAGGAAGAGAACAGCGGCAACAGCAACGGCCGCCGCGGCCUGGACCUGUCCUCGCCACAACCCCCCAAGAAGCCCCUCCUCAACCAACACGCCUCCACCAAUGGACAGUACAUGAGCCAUUCUCUGAAGAGAGAAGGAUCCACGCUAGACGACUACCAACACUCUCACCACAGUCACCCGCUCUAUGGGCACGGGGUUUGCAAGUGGCCUGGAUGCGAGGCGGUGUUUGAGGACUUCCAGUCAUUCCUGAAGCAUCUCAACAAUGAGCACGCCCUGGACGACAGGAGCACAGCCCAGUGUCGGGUGCAAAUGCAGGUUGUACAGCAGCUGGAACUGCAGCUAGCGAAAGACAAAGAGCGUCUGCAAGCCAUGAUGACGCAUCUCCACGUCAAAUCCACGGAGCCCAAACCCACCCCACAGCCACUCAACCUGGUGUCCAGCGUCACCCUGUCCAAGACAGCCCCCCCUGAGGCCUCACCCCCCCUGAGCCUGCCCCAGACCCCCACCACCCCCACGGCCCCCCUGACGCCCCUGUCCCAGGCCCACUCCGUCAUCACCCCCAACAGCCUCCACCACAGCGUGGGCCCCAUGCGCCGGCGCUACUCUGACAAGUACAACAUGCCCAUUUCCCCAGGCUGUGUUUGCUCCCUUUGUACAGAUAUUGUCCAGAACAAAGAGUUCUACAUGAAUGCUGAAGUCAGACCUCCCUUCACAUAUGCCUCACUUAUACGCCAGGCUAUCCUUGAAUCACCGGAAAAGCAGCUAACACUAAAUGAAAUUUACAACUGGUUCACACGAAUGUUUGCAUAUUUCAGGCGCAACGCCGCAACAUGGAAGAAUGCAGUCCGGCAUAAUCUUAGUCUUCACAAAUGUUUUGUGCGAGUAGAAAACGUUAAAGGGGCUGUGUGGACAGUGGAUGAACUAGAGUUCCAAAAGAGAAGGCCACAAAAGAUCACUGGAAGUCCAGCCUUAGUGAAGAACAUCCAGACCAGCUUGGGCUAUGGUCCGGCUCUCUCUGCAGCCUUCCAGGCUUCAAUGGCAGAAAACAAUAUACCUCUAUACACUACUGCUUCCAUUGGAAGUCCUACCCUCAACUCGCUGGCGAAUGCCAUCCGAGAGGAGAUGAUUGGAGCGAUGGACCAUGGAAACAGCAACGGCAGUGACAGCAGCCCAGGACGGUCUCCCUUGCCAGCUAUGCAUCACAUUAAAGAGGAACCGCUGGACCCGGAAGACCACGAAGGCCCCCUCUCUCUGGUGACGAUGGCCAACCACAGUCCAGAUUUCGAUCACCACAGAGAUUACGAUGACGACCAGGGCCACGAUGACAUGCUGUAAGGUCGGGCCCCCAGGGGCCCCACCCAGAGGCAGAACUAACCUUAGUCAUCUGUGAGACGCCACAACGUCACAGAUAACACAGAUACAAGACUGCAGUCUCAGUCCUCUGAUGACAGCUAUCAAAUGUUUCCAAUUGACUUUUAGUGCCAUUAAAUACAUAUUGAAAACACAAGAAAGAGAAUACGUCCCACUUGGGAGUAUUUUUGAUUUAUAUCUACUUUUUGGUUUAAGGGAACGAAAAUAAGAAAAAAAGUCAUUUCUACUCUACAUGCGUUGGAUGGACAUGUUUGGUACUGGGGACGACUUCUUGGUCAGCGUGCUGGCUUCAAAUCCAGGAUGGACUUGGACUUGCACUGUGCAGCCAGUAUGAACUUGGACCUGCACUGUGCAGCCAGUAUGGAUUGCAUGCAGCCCACUCAACCACACUGAGCAUGGACUGCAGAGGGGUUCUCUCUCUCUCACACAC